UUUGCUUUACAUUUCAUACAGAGAUACUUCAAUUUGUACUGUUAAUGUUAAAAUGUCAGCCUAAAAUGUAUAAUUGCUCUUUGUUACAAUUAGGGAUAACAUUGUCUCAGACAAUAGGGAUAAUAUUCAGAUAUAUUCUAUUAUAUAUUUUAAGUAUAGAAUCAAGGCACUCAUUCAGGUGGGCACCUGUGCUAUUUACUUUUGGCAAAGCUUGUGCUUUGGUUGUGUAGUUUGUAUAAGGUUAGAGUACCGCUUCACUUGCACAUGGAGGGGAAUUCAUUGUGCAAGAGCCAAUGCACUGUUGGAAUAUCGUACACUUUUGGAAUUUCACAUUUCGUACUGCACUGGAAAUGUGUCCCAUAGUAUAUAGAAAGAGCCAGCAGAGGAAACACAUGAGAGGUUUUGGCUCGUCUAAUGUGACACAAGAAGCCUCCGAAACAGUCACAUUUGGUGUGUGGUUAUUUACCCCCUCACAAUGUGUGGGUGAAGGUAUGGUAGUGUGGUAGAGGUUCACUCCAGAGUCAAAAAGCACAUCAAUUGUCACCACAACAAUUGCCAAAUAUCACACUCAGUGCAAAAAUGAUAGAUUUAAUAGACAAUAUUUUUUAUUACAACAUCUAUAACACAUGAUCUAGUUCAUAUUUGCACAGGACUAGUAUCACUAGAUCAUUAUAAUUAUUGCCCCAUGUAAUACUUUUUGUCAUUCAGUAUUUACCGUUGUGAUACAGAAGCCUGGAGGCUGUUCUAGGCUUGAUGAUAUUUCAACUUGAUGAGGGAUAGCCUAAUAUUGGCUUUCAGUUCAGAAAGAAGUCGAAAUAACAAUGCACUUCAAAGAAGAAGCAUAAACUGUAUGCAGUCAUUUAACCUCAAACUCUGACGCCCACUUGGUGGCAUUUUCUAAAGGUACAUUUCAGUUUCAAAACUAUAAGUCCUACACAUGCUUAAUACUGUUAAAAUGUAAGAACUGUGGGAUUCUGAUAAGGGAAACAAUGUGACUACUACAGAGCCUGAGCUACAACCCUUGAAAUGUACAGUUUUAGUUUUCUGUCGGGGGGAUUUUUUGUUGGGGAAUAACAGAUUUCAAAUUCUAGGUUUGAAAUAAAAUAUGUCACCAAUUACUGUUCCAAAAGGAUAAAACAAAGAUUAUGAUCUUUGACCUAAUGAUGACGCUCUAAACAUGCACAUAUUCUCAUAGGAACGCAGCCAUUUUAAAUGCACAUGGCUUGUGCCAUGUGUUUUCUUCUUACAAGAAUGAUAGACAUAGGAGGAAACUGAAAUCUCUAUCUAUCUAUUGAUGUACAGUAAAUAUAACCCCUGUCUGAUUCCCAGUUCGUCCACUAGAUAGCAGUAGGUGAUCACAUGAUGUCUCUUGGCCACUUGAAACCAUUUAGAUUUUGGUUAGUGAGUCACUGUGCCAAAUGGCUAAAUGGAUUUUCAAACCUGACAUCUUAAAACGACCUUAGCAACCAGGGCUUUCAAGUUAUGGAGUAUAACUAAUUAAAAUAUGACACAGGCAGGUGAGGAAACUUCAAACGUAUUUUCCCAUUCACUAUUCCUAAUGUAAACGAUGAGCUCGAUCAACGGCACAUGUGGAGGACUCAUGCAAGGUAAUGUGGACGGAGAAGGAAAUGCAUUGCUUUACAAUGACCACCAGGGUGUACCAUUUCCAUGCAUACUAAAUGCUUGCACUUCUGGUGACUUGACCUACAUUUCCAACUCUUUGAAUAUGACCGUAGCGCAUUAUUUAUGGUCUUUAUGGUCAAAUCAUACUGCAUUGCUAGCAGUAUGAUUUGAGUUGUGACAAGCUACAUCACAUUACACUUCAGCUUGAUGUAUUUAUCUAGUUACUGUAUUAUUCACCUUUCAUCUGUGGUAUCAUACCUAGCCUGGCUCGCUAGCAUUAUAAAUUAAUGUUGUAAAACAAAAAGUAUCUUCCAAACUCGCCGGACCUGGUACCUUGUCCAAAACAAACACAGGUUUUAAUUCAGUGGCACUAUAGUCUGCCAAAUCUUGUUUUAAAACGGUUUUCAGAUCCCAGACAGGACCAUGCUACCUUUUUACAUGAAUCUAAAUGUCUGCCUGAUCAUAGGUUGUCUGUGUGAAGUCAUUGUUACCAUGGCAUGGACUUCCAACAGCACCAAACUGGACAACACCACCUUGUCCCUGUUCCAGAACGUGACAGCCAGUACAGCAAUCUCCAUUGUCUACAUUGUGGUCACCAUCAUCAACCUGGUAGGAAACAGCCUCUCCAUGUGGCUCCUCCUCUUCCAUACAUCUCCCAAAACUCCCUCCAUCAUCUUCAUGAUCAACCUGACCCUGACUGACCUGACCUUGGGCCUCGUCCUACCCUUCCAGAUCAUGUAUCAGAUGCAAGGGUAUAAUUGGAGCCUGGGCCCGGGCAUGUGCAGGCUCUUGACCCUGGUGUUCUUUGCCAACAUGUACUGCUCAAUUCUAACUAUGACCGCCAUCAGUGGAGACCGCUACCUGGGCAUCUGCCGGCCCAUGCUCUUCUGUGAGACCAGGGAAAGGAAGUCAUUAGCUGUGAUUGUCUGCUUCGCCAUGUGGACAGUCGUCCUAUUGGUCCUGUACCCACUCACUAAAACCGACCUGACGUUCCACGUUCCAGAACUCAGGAUUACCACCUGCUUCGACGUUCUGAAGAGGGACAUGCUUCCAUCCAUGGUGGCCUGGGCUGCCUUCCUCCUUGCACUGUUUGUCAUCCUCUUCCUCAUCCCGUUCUGCAUCACUGUUUUCUGCUACAUCAGCAUCAUCCGCAAGCUGGCCAGAGACUCCAAGACCAAACAGAAGGAUAAGGCUAUUGGUCUCGCGGUCACCGUCCUAACGGUCUUUACGCUCUGCUUCACUCCCAACAACAUCCUCCUCCUUGCUCACACCAUCCGGAGGCUCUUCUACGGGGACUCCCUCUACAUGGCCUACAAGCUGACUCUCUCCCUCAGUUGCUUCAACAGCUGCCUGGACCCCUUCAUCUACUACUUUGCCUCUAGGGAGUUCCGGAAGAAGUUGAGGCAGAUGCUAAGGCUGAGAACACCGAGCAGUCUGGACACGGGGAAGACAGACCUGCACAGAGAGAGCCUGUACUCCGCCCAGUAUGUGUCUGAGGGACAGGGUAGAGAGAACGGCAGAGUGUCUGUUAAACAACACUGUUAAAAAAGGCACUGCAUUGCAGUGUUAGAGGCAUCAUUACAGACCCGGGUUCUGUCGCAGCCGGCCGUGACCGGGAGACACAUGAGGUGGCGCACAAUUGGCCAAGUGUCGUCCAGGUUAGGGGAGGGUUUGGCCGGCCGGGAUGUCUUUGUCCCAGGCGCAUGCACGUUCAGGCGCAUGCACGUUCCUCUGACAGAUUGGUGCAGCUGGCUUCCGGGUUAAGCGAGCAGUGUGUCAAGAAACCGUGUGGCUUUGAAGGGUUGUGUUUCAGAGGACGAAUGAGUCUUGACCUUAACCUUUCCCGAGUCCGCAUGGGAGUUGCAGUAGGACUAGACUGUAACUACAAAUUGGGGAGAAAAGGGGGUAAAAAUUACAACAACAAAAACUGAGAAACAUUCCUGUUCAGAUAAUUUCACAGGAAUGUUUUUGUGUGCUGUAUAUAGAUCCAGUAACAAACCAGGCUAGAUGGUGCAUCAAAAAGUUAGUAAAAUAGGGUAAUUUAUUUUGUGAAGGACUGUUGCAACUUGCAUAAAGAUAUCAAUGAGAUGUGUGUGGCUAAGUGAAAGCUAGGCUCCUUUUACCGCAAAUGUGAUCUCUGCCUCCUGCCAAUUCGGGCGGAUUCAUUGUUUCUUUGUGUGAAUUAUUAAACCUACCUACUGGGGUAAUUUCAACUAAAUGACAUUGAAUCAAUGUGGAAUAGACAAUGAAUUGAUUUCUCUGCUCAGUGGGUACCUUUGUUAAAUGUUUAUCCAUUCCCCACUAAUUAUAUCACCAGUAAUGAAUUUAAUGUUAAUCUCCGUCAUCUAGAAUGUUAGGGUGUUUAAAUCACAAAAUUCUAUUCAUUCAUGAAAUAAAUAUUAAUUUACCAUU